CCAGCCAGGACAUUUUUUUUUUCCACCUUGCCUGAAAACAAACAAACAGCCAUCAAAAACAGUCAUCAGCAACAGCAUCAAAACUGUUAGCAUAGCGGCGGCGGCCACCGUCACGCUGUGGCCACGACGUCUGCCUAAAGGGAUGCUUCUCUGGGCGGCGGAGCAGCUCUUCGCAGACCGCCUUCUUCCCUCGUGCUGAGCGGGAUUUUUGGGUUCUCUGGGGUUCGGGCUGGGAGCUUCAUGACUACGCGGAGCAGGACAGCGGCCACACCAUGCGAGCCAAAUUCCGAGGAAUCCCUGGUCAUGUCACCAGUGGCUACCAUGCUGGAUAGUACAGAAGCGGGACAUAUUUGUCAUCACAGGAAGUCCAGUGAGGCACUGUGUGACUACAGCUUUUGCUCUCUUGACAUCCCUCCUGUCCAAGCACAAAUUGAAGUGAUACCAUGCAAAAUUUGUGGCGAUAAAUCCUCCGGGAUCCACUACGGAGUCAUCACAUGUGAAGGCUGCAAGGGAUUCUUCAGGAGGAGCCAGCAGAACAAUGCCUCUUACUCCUGCCCAAGGCAGAGAAACUGUUUGAUUGACAGAACCAACAGGAACCGUUGCCAGCACUGCCGGCUGCAGAAGUGUCUUGCCCUAGGAAUGUCGAGAGAUGCUGUAAAGUUCGGGAGGAUGUCCAAAAAGCAGCGGGACAGCCUGUAUGCUGAGGUGCAGAAGCACCAGCAGCGGCUGCAGGAGCAGCGGCAGCAGCAGAGUGGGGAGGCAGAGGCCCUGGCCAGGGUGUACAGCAGCAGCAUCAGCAACGGCCUCAGCAACCUGAACACCGAGACCGGCGGCACCUACGCCAACGGGCAUGUCAUUGACUUGCCGAAAUCUGAGGGAUAUUACAACAUAGAUUCUGGUCAGCCAUCUCCCGAUCAGUCAGGACUGGACAUGACUGGAAUCAAACAGAUAAAGCAAGAACCUAUCUAUGACCUCACAUCCGUACCCAACUUGUUUACCUAUAGCUCUUUCAACAAUGGGCAGUUAGCUCCAGGGAUAACGAUGACUGAGAUCGAUCGAAUUGCACAGAACAUCAUUAAGUCCCAUCUGGAGACAUGUCAGUACACAAUGGAAGAGCUACAUCAGCUGGCAUGGCAGACCCACACCUACGAGGAAAUAAAAGCGUAUCAAAGCAAGUCCAGGGAGGCUCUGUGGCAGCAGUGUGCCAUCCAGAUCACCCACGCCAUCCAGUACGUGGUGGAGUUCGCAAAGCGGAUAACAGGCUUCAUGGAGUUGUGUCAGAAUGACCAGAUUUUACUUCUGAAGUCAGGUUGCUUGGAAGUGGUUUUAGUGAGAAUGUGCCGUGCCUUCAACCCAUUAAACAACACUGUUCUAUUUGAAGGAAAAUAUGGAGGAAUGCAAAUGUUCAAAGCCUUAGGUUCUGAUGACCUGGUGAACGAAGCAUUUGACUUCGCAAAGAAUCUGUGUUCCUUGCAGCUGACUGAGGAGGAGAUUGCUUUGUUCUCCUCUGCUGUUCUGAUAUCCCCAGACCGAGCCUGGCUGAUAGAACCAAGAAAAGUCCAGAAGCUUCAGGAAAAAAUCUAUUUUGCACUUCAACAUGUGAUUCAGAAGAAUCACCUGGAUGAUGAGACCCUGGCAAAGUUAAUAGCCAAGAUACCAACUAUCACGGCAGUCUGCAACUUGCAUGGGGAGAAGCUGCAGGUCUUUAAGCAAUCUCAUCCAGACAUAGUGAAUACACUGUUUCCUCCAUUGUACAAGGAGCUCUUUAAUCCUGACUGUGCUGCGGUCUGCAAAUGAAGGGGAUGAGAACUCUCAGAGUCAUGGAAUGCAUCGCCGUUAAGACAAAAGCAAUGUGCUCAUGGAGACUUAAGGAAAAUGUCACUACUGCAACAUUAGGAAUGUCCUGCACUUAAUAGAAUUAUUUUUCACCGCUACAGUUUGAAGAAUGUAAAUAUGCACCUGAGUGGGGCUCUUUUGUUUGUUUGUGUUUGUUUGUUUGUUUGUUUGUUUGUUUUUGA